AUGGGAGGAGGAGCAGCCAUGAGAACAGUGGCCAAGGUCGCCGGUGUCGGCGUCGUCAACAGUGGAUUCCGCAGCGCAGUCUCCGCCGGGUUACCUCCGGCCGAACACUCCGUCCGCAGCGCAUCUCGCCCCGUUUCUGCGGCGAUCUCCUCCUCUUCGUCAACGUCGUCCGGUGUAGCUGCGGUCCAGCGCCCUGUUUUGGAGCUCGAUGAGUGGGAGAUGGCCGGCGGCGAGGAAGAGGAGCUGAUGUUGUUGGAUUCCUUGGAGCCGAGGCCCAGGCUCGUGUUUGGCGGCCCGCCGACUUCUCAGGAGGCCGAAGAGGCCACCGUCGAGCUCAAGGACGCUCUGGAGAAAAUAUCUAGUCCAAAAUAUGAAGGAUUUGCUGCCUUCAGUGACCAUCUUGGCGUCCCUUUGCUUACAAGUUCUGAGCUCGAGACUAAAAACCGUCUCUCUUGUGAGAGAAAAGCAGCUCCAGAAUAUGCUAUUAAUGCAUUGAAGCUGCUAAAUCAGAGUCCCGCUGCUCAGUCCGUCGUGGUUUCAAUUGCAUCGGACCCAAACGUGUGGGAUGCGGUUAUGCGAAACGAUGCACUUACUGAAUACCUCCAGUCCCACAAGAUAAUUACAAGCCCCGUGAACGAGGCUUCCACAGAAUCUGUUACAGAUUCUAGCUCUGAGGGCACAGAACCUGUUGCAUUCCAGGAGUCGCAGACCGGGCUUAUGGACUACCUAGAUGACAUCAAAGUUAAGGUGGUGGACAUGUUCGGCACUGUCUCCUCUUUUCUGCAGAACAUGUUUGGGGUGCCACCUGCUGUAGGGGGAUCCGAUGAGGGAGAUGCGAAAUCGACGUUCAUGGAGAACGCGGUGGGAGCAUCUUUCUUGGGUUUGGCUGUGAUGGCUAUCAUGAUGGUGGUGCUGAGAAGGGCCUAG